CUUUUCUCACCAAUUUCUUCUCAAUUCUCUCUCUCUCUGCGCCUAAAGUUCUUUGCCUUGGUGGAAUUAGCAUUGAAUAAAAGAGAAAAACUUGUGCAAAGUUCGAAACUUUUGAGCUCUGUGAGCAGAAAUCUUCACCUGGAUAUCCUUCAUCUUCAAGCUCCGAUGAUUUCGUCCAUUGUGGACAUGGCGAAGGCCGUUGAAGGUUGCAGCCCCGACAUCAGCUGCCCCAUUCCGAUGCCAAUGCCAGGCUUCCCGAGGGAUCUCCUGCAGAAUUUCAUCAGCGGGACCCAUUUCCCCCGGAAAUUCGAGGAGAAGGUCGAGGACGACGACGGCGAGCUCGAGCUCGAGCUCACUCUCGGGCUCUCUCUGAACGGCCGUUUCGGGGUCGACCCGGGAGCUAAGAAGCUCGUCCGCUCAUCUUCUAUUCCAGAGCUCUUGCAGCCGUUAUCAGAUAAUGGAAGCAUGGGGUCUGGGGUGGGUGAACCGAUUUUGAGGACAUGUUCUUUGCCAAUGGAGAGCGAGGAUGAGUGCAGGAAGAGAAAGGCGAUGCAGAGUCUAAGAAGGAUGGAGGCGAAGAGGAAACGGACUGAGAAGCAGAGGAACUCAAGGGCCAUAAAUGGCCAGAACAGUCGGGUCUAUUUUGAGGACCGACCUGAUGAAGAUCGGAAAAUGCAAGAAGUGGCCACGAGGAAUCAUCAGAAAGAUCAGUUCUUGAAGGGUUCUGCUGACGCUUUUGCUGCCAAGGAGGCGACUUUUGGGAUGUCUAACAGGGGUUCUAAUGGUAAGGGAGCUGACUUUAUUGGUGAGAAUGGUCAUAAUGGUCUGGUUGCAUCACGAGGCAGUGGGUCUUUGGGGGUCUCUGAAUUCGAUAGCUUACCAGUUCAAGGAUCAAACAAAAGUGCGGAGGCAAGAAGCCCCUCAACCACACAAUGUUCGCCUGACAACGAUACAAAGUCGGCUUCUAUAAUAACUGCCCCCAGUGGAUACUCCAGCAACUCCUCUGCAUCCACACUGGGAAAUGGACAAAACGAACUUGCACCUUCUGGAAAAGGAGUGAAUGGAAUGGUCAGGGAUGUUCUGUUGGAUAUGCCUUGUGUGUCAACCAAAGGAGAUGGGCCAGAUGGGAAGAAGAUUGAGGGUUUUCUCUACAGAUACAAAAAGGGUGAAGAAGUGAAGAUAGUUUGUGUGUGUCAUGGGAGAUUUCUUUCUCCAGCCGAGUUCGUGAAGCAUGCGGGUGGCGGUGAUGUGUCACACCCACUGAAGCAUAUAGUUGUUAAUGCGUCUCCUUUCUUCCAAUGAUAUUUGACAAGUUUUUUGAAGGGUGCUUUUAAAAUAUCAAGCUUGCAACUUCAUGUUGAGGUUGCUUACCAGAGGGUUAAAAUAUAAUCGGAUGACUUGGACGAGUUCUCUGGAAAUUUUGCAGCAAUCAGUAGCAUGAGGUGAAUUUUCUGCUUAAACCCAAAGAGGGGUUGCACCGGAGAUUGAGGGGAGACCAAUGAUGCAGAGCUUUUUUUUUUUUUUUUUCCCCUUUUAUAUGUCGCAGAGUUGUAAAUUCUAUUGGCUUUUCAGGGAGCGGCUGUAUAUAUUCUUUAGUCUUCUUAAGGAAAUCUUUUGGGUUCUUCCCUUAAAGAUCUGGCCUGUGUAUUGCUUUUUCUUACUUUUCAUGCUCUAUUGGAUCAUUACUGAAAAUGAAAGCAAAGAUUGGUUA